GCCUCCGUGUUUAAGUCGUCUGUCAUAAUUAGCCUCAAACUCUCGAGUUUGAUGGCAAAGUAAAAAAGGUGGUGUGAAGUUAAUGAUUCUACCAACCCAAACAUUAAUUGAUUUCAGAUAGCUGCAUAUUUCAUGAUAAACUUCAAACGCCAUCCAACUAUUUCUCAGACUCUACCUUCAGCCAUGGCUGCCCAGAAUCAUGAGACGAGCAACGGGUGGCCACUCGGACUACAAAUAAUGAGCACCAAAAUCCGAUUACAGUCUUCAAACCUGUCAUCCACAAGUUUUUCUUCUGUUUCUUCCUCCAACCUUGACACCGAGUCUCCGGCAUCGUUUUUCCAGGACAACAGCGUUUCUCUGGGUAAGCUAAUCGGAUUCAGACAACGCGAGAGGGGAACAACAGUAACUUACUUCCAAAACACAAUCCGUGCUGAACAAAGAGAUUGGCAACCGCCUGCAGUUUCCAGUGACUGCGAGGCUGUUUCGGGAGGAGAUUUGUGUCGGCUGGGGAUAUGCAUACCGGUGAUGGUAGGCUCGUUUGUGAAGUACAGUAGAAGGUCUAAGUGAGAGGUAAUCAAGAAUCCGAGUUUUUUUUAAUAGUAAUUGCUGUACCAAAACAAAAUACCCUAAUAAUAAUAGAAAAAAAACUUGGAUUGA